UCGAUGCCCCGGAGGAGGGACUGAAGUCGUGCACGAGGCGGGACGAUCCAGGGGAGUUUAAGCACCGUGGACAGCGCCGCCGCGCGCUCUUCGCUAUGGUCAUUAUCCCUCAUCGACUAUAAAGGAAAAGUGGUUGGAGAAAACUAUUUCAUUUACAACGACACAGUAAUCACCCUACUUCUCUGGAACUACGCGAGCAGUUUCUCCUUAAGCAUGGAUUAAGGCGCGCCGCUCUUGCCAAGUCAAAGGCGGACAGUAUUCUUCGCAGCUUGCAGGAACGAUGUCUAAGCGAGCAUGUGUACCAGCCGGAAGAUCAUCUGGAGUUUGCUGUUUCUCUCCGUUCUGGAGAUAGGACUCGGCGUAUCCAGCAUCGCUCUCGGCGCCGUUGGCUUAAGCAGGUCGCAAGCGCAGCACGCGACUCAACAAGGCGACGCUUCCCCGGUAUGGAGUGGGGUGUGUUUCCUCAUCUGUGGACUAUGUGGGAUGCUGUGCGCAAAAAAACGAACUGGCCUGAUUAUGAUCCUGUUCUCAGCCUGCUGCAUCUGCGGCCUGAUCGGCGGCAUCCUGAACGUGCAGUUUGUGCGGGCGCUGGCGAGGCGGCCUGGCGAUGCCACCCACUCCCUGCACCUGGCCGCCAUUUCGCUGGCGUGCCUGGGCAUCAGCGGCUGUACGCUGUCCGCCUGGCUGACGUGCCGGCUGGCGGGCACCGAGCAGCAGCGCAUGUUCCUGGAGCGCGAGCACUCGCUGCACCACUCGCACGAGAUGGCUGAGAAGGAAACGCUGGAUAACUCUAGCAACGGCAUGCCUCAAAUCACUUUCAAUGGGCGGAGUGCCUCACCAUGACAGGCGUGAGCUUAGCGGGACUGGCCCUCAGUGGCACACAGGACCGGGGACGACCGGAGGGGUCAGCCAACAGUCGGAUGUUUUUCAGCUCUCCUGGCAGACUACAGGCCCUGGGUCAGGUAACACCACUGUGACAAAAAAGAGAUCAUCUCUGUAGACUGGCCACCAAUCAGAGUUCAGUUACCCACCGACCGUGUCAGGGACCGGUCGUUAGCGAAUGCAAUGCACCGAUGGCUUGCGCAGGGCGCCGUACGAGGGAGUGCAGGAUUAGCAUGUUCCUCAGAUUCCUGUCUCUCAUACCUGCUCUUUUAUCCCAUGAUGCAUCUCUCCAGUACUCUUGAUGAAAUGUUACGAGAAUGUAGAUUCUGAAAUUGUAAUGUUGAAAUUGUAAUAUCGAAUGCUCUGUCCUUGAAUAUACAAAAUGCACAAUUUAAAAUGCUUGGUAAAGGAAACAAUCAUUUACUGAUUUACAGUAUUUUUAUAUAGAAGCUUCGUAUGAAAAUUAAAUAA